ACAGAUAUAGAGAGAGAGAGGAACAGAGCCAUUCAUAGAGAGAGAAAGAGAGAGAGGAAGAGAGAGAGAGGAAGAGAGGGGGCUGUGCGUGUGGGAUUGAUUUGAUAUAUGAGAGAGGGAGGAGCGUGAACAAAAAUGGCGACGGACCAAGAGAUAUCGCAGGCGCUGCAGGCGGUGCUGAGGGAGUCGGCUGGGCCGAAGACGACCUUCAGCGACGUCGUACAGCAGCUCCAGUCCAAGCUCGGCGGCCUCGACCUCUCCCACAAGCUCGACUUCAUCCGCUCCCAGAUCCAGCUCCUCUUCCAGCCUCCUCCCCCUCAGCAGCAUCAGCAGCAGAAGGACCACCACCACCCCUUCGCCCUCCCCCAACAAAACCCUAGUUACCACCACAACCCUUCUCCCUCCGCCUUCCACUCCUUCCCCCCCGCCCAUGUCCCCGUCCCCCACCCCGUCCCCGUCUCCCUCCCUCCACAACAGCCAGCUUCCCUGGCCCCCGGCAAGCCCGAUUCUCACUUUGUCAAUCUCUCGCUCCCAGAGCCGGCCAAGGAGAGUGCCCAGGUGAAAGGUAAAAGGAAAGGUGGAGCUGGGGGGCUGAACAAACUGUGCAGUGUGUCGCCCGAACUGCAGGCCAUUGUCGGACAGCCCGCAAUGCCGAGGACUGAGAUUGUGAAGCAGCUGUGGGCAUAUAUAAGGAAGAACAACCUCCAAGACCCUAACAACAAGAGGAAGAUCAUUUGCAAUGAUGAACUGCGUAUAGUAUUUGAAACGGACUGCACUGACAUGUUCAAGAUGAACAAGUUGCUAGCUAAACACAUCAGCCCCCUUGAGCCUACGAAAGAGUCUCAAUUGAAGAAGCAGAAGGUAGGUGCGGAAUCUACAGAUGAUCCUUCUGUUCAAAUAUCUGAGGCACUUGCAAGUUUUUUUGGGGUUAGCGAGAGGGAGAUGCCUCGUUCAGAUAUUACCAAGCGUAUCUGGGAGUACAUAAAUGUGAAUCAACUUCAGGAUCCACGAACAAUGAUGAUCCUCUGUGAUGCAAAGCUGCAGGAGAUUUUUGGAUGUGAGAGCAUUCGUGCUUUAGACAUUCCAGGAGUUCUUGGGCGCCACCUAGUAGGAAGAACGUGACGGUUGCCAUGUUGGCUGACGAGCAAAGUCUGCUCUCCGUGGAAGUCUAGUCGGAGUAGUAUAUAUAAGUCUGUAGCGUUUGAUUGCUUAGGAGUCUGGGGUUCUCUCAGCUUAAGCCAAGCAUUUGUGUACAGGGAUGGGAAGUUUGUUUAAAACGAUGUCCGAUUAGGGUAAUGUUUCUGACAUGGCAACUUAGGUUAGAUCUCUCUACGUGGGAAUUUCUAACCCUUGUAAAGUGCAGGCAAAUCAGAAGAAACAUGGAAUGUAAUCUAUCUCUUAUUUUAAGUCGAUCCCGUAAUGAAAGUCUUUUUACUUAAUUGAAAGUUUUACUUAA